UGGGGCGGCGCGGGCUGCAUGGGUGCGCGGCUGCGGGGCUGCUGGACGACCCGGGGAGCAGUCCCGCUGCCGGCCAGGCGGGCAGCAGGUGCUUUCCCCGGCCGGUCCGGAGAGCUGGGCUCUGGAAGGCGCUGGGGACGCCCGGGGCUGCGGCGUGCGAGGCGGGCGAGUUGCCGCGACGGGACGACGGUGCCGCUUCCCCGGCUGCUGCUCGGACUCUGUUCUGCUCACCCCGCACCGCGGAGCCAGCGGCCCUUCGAGCACCUGCUCUGGGUCCCCGGGCCCACACGGACCUGCUGAGAUGGAUGCCAAGUCAAAAGACAAGCUCUCGGAAACCAAAGAGUCUGCUAUCACUAAUGCUGAAAAUGCCUCUUUCAUUUUGGGAACGGGGAAGAUUGUGACUCCUCAGAAGCAUGCAGCAGAAGUACCUCCUAAUCUUUGCACGACAGAUGCUUUUAAAUCACCUAUGAACUUUUCCACAGUAACCGUAGAGCGAUUGGGAAUUACAUCUGAAAGCUUUGUUAAGAACUCUUCAGGAAAGUCAUCAUCCUAUCUUAAAAAAUCCAGACGACGAUCUGCAGUUGGUGCUCGGGGCUCACCUGAAACAAACCAUCUGAUUCGUUUCAUCGCUGAGCAGCAGAAUUUAAGGACUGCUAAGAAGUCUCCUUGGGCACGGGAUUCCCCUGCACAGGGCAGCCCUGCACUGUAUCGAAAUGUUAACUCUUUAAGAGAGCGAAUGUCCUCUUUCCAGUCAGUUUUUCACUCCAUAAAGGAAAACGAGAAAAUGCCUGACCGUCCAGAAUUGUCAGAGGCAGAAGACACAACAGACUUGACCAAAAAGGAAGAUCUUAGUGAAUGCCAACAGUCUGGGUUCCCUGCAGAGUUACCAUCCAAACGUCGGAGAAUAUCCCCUGAGAGCAACUCUGACGAAAAUCAAACCGAUGCUGAAGGAAAAGUAAUUGAUCUUCAGAUAUUGAGUAUUGAUACAGACAGAACAUGUACAACUGAAACUUCUGCUGAUCUUUCUCAGAAAUCAUCUGAACUUGCUUCAACGCAGUCUGGAGCUUCAGUUGAAGAGUCUCUUCCCCUCACAGAGUUCACAGAGGCCUUAAGUGAACCCAAGGUUGCUGACUGUGUAGAGGGCAGAGGAUCCAGGGAUGCUCUUUCACUUGACGCCUUCCCUGCAGCUGUGAGCCCAGACUCAGUCCCUGCCUUCGGGUCACCAGCUACUCCGGUGUGCAGGAGGGACCUUCCAUCCCAUGAGACCUUUGUGCUUCGUUCUGUGCUGAAGAAACCCUCUGUCACAAUGUUUACAGAGAGCUUACAGGAACAUUGUAACAACCUCUGUGAUGAUAAGACUCAUUCAAGCUUCAUCUCAAAUCUUGCAAAUUGUUACGAAGAACGAAAAAUGGAAGAUCAAGAAAAUUGUAAGGCACCGGCCUUUGUGAAUAUGAGGAAGAGGAAGAGAGUUACUUUUGGGGAGGACCUCAGCCCUGAAGUGUUUGAUGAAUCUUUGCCAGCAAAUACUCCGCUGCGUAAAGGAGGAACACCUGUUUGUAAGAAGGACUUAAGUGGGAUCAGUUCCGUACUAGAGCAGUCACCAGUUCCUGAGCGAUUACCUCAACCAAAUUUUGAUGAUAAGGGGGAGAAUCUUGAAAACAUAGAACCACUUCAGGUAUCAUUUGCAGUUCUGAGUCCUUCUAAUAAGUCUUCAAUCUCUGAGACUCUUUCAGGCACUGAUACCUUAAGUCCUUCAAAUAACCAUGAGAAAAUAUCCUCUUGUAAAGUUGGCAGAAUAACACGGACUUCUAACAAAGUAAAUCAAUGGAUCGAUUUUGCAGAAGAGAGUGUUUGCAACUUAUUUAAUACAGAAGUGCAGCCCUGUAAGGAAAAGAAGAGUAACAGAAGGAAGUCUCAGGAAGCCAAGUGCACACACAAACCUAAAAGGAAUCAGGUUUUAAAAAGUUACAGAAAGAAGAAAGGAAGGAAAAAGAAAAGUGUUGAGAAAUCUUUAUAUGGGGAAAGAGACAUUGCUUCUAAGAAGCCUCUCCUAAGUCCUAUUCCUGAGGUGCCUGAGGUCUCUGAGAUGACACCCUCAGUUCCAAGCUUCCGAAGGAUGUGUUCAGAUGAUUUCAACUCAAAUGGUAAACUUGAAGAAGUACAGAUGCCUAAAAAUCUAGUUGAAAGAAAGAAUCUUACGCCUCAGAAUCCAGAAGAUUUGCGUAUGAAUCAAGCCUUUGGUAAACAUGUUUCUGAAUUCUGCUCUUACAUAAAAAGUUCUUCAUUGCUUGAUAAUGCUACUUCCGAUGAAGAUCCAAAUACAAAUACUAUGGACGCUGAUGAAAACAAAAAUAUUCCAAAAGCAGAAAAUAAGUUGGAAAGUAAAAAUAACCCCCAAACUGGGACUGACAGUCAUGUUUCUUGUGCUUCUGUGACUGAAGAACAUACCGUAUCAGAUAAUCCAAAACCUAAUUUUAUCACGCAGGGUCAAGAAUUUUGUGCUGCUGGUCAAAAUGCGGAAAACCUUUGUCAAAGCUUUAAAAUUUCAGAAGAUAUAAAGUGUGAAAAACAAGAUGACUGCUUAGUAGCUGUGGAGGGAAAACUGCAGUGUAAUCAUUUAAUGUCUGACUCACAAAAAGAAUUUAAUUGUUUAGAAGAUGUCUUAAUUGAAAAUAUGAAGGAAAGUGAGGAUUUGGGAAGCAAAUCUGUAAAAAGCAGUAUUAUGCAUUGUAGAGAAAGGAAACAUAGAAGACGCUCUGUGUAUUAUUCUGAUGGUCAAAGUUUACAUUUGGAAAAAACCGGAAAUCACGAACCUUCCUGCAGUGUGGGCAGCUCUGUAGAGAUGAGUUUAGAAAAUUCUGAACUGUGUAAAGAUUUAUCUGAUGCCAUUGAGCAAACCUUCCAGAGAACAAACAGUGAAACCAAAGUGCGACGUAGCACAAGGCUGCGGAAAGAUUUGCAAGAUGAAGGGCUUGUAUGGGUUUUACUUCCGUUUCCUUCCACUUCCCAAAAUACCAAAAGGAGAACAAUAUGUACAUUUGACAGCAGAGGAUUUGAAAGUACAGCUCCCAGAAAAGAUACCAUGUCCUCCAGACCACAGCCAUGUGUGGCACCUUCUAUCUCAGAUAAAGAAAACAUCCAGGGUCCUGCUGCUGAUUCUUCUAGUUUACCUGGCAAGAGGAGGAAGAGCUUUUGUACAUCUACACUCGCAAAUACUAAAACCACCACCCAGUCAAAACGCUGCAGAAGAGGUGAGAAGGAAGAAAGCUCUCCAAUGGACUUUGGACAGAAUGGAGAACCAAAGCAGUGAUUGACAUUUCCUGCACAGCAUUUGGUGAGAGAGAAGGUAACCAUCUAUGCCGAAAAGAUUCAUCUAGUUCCCAUCCUUUGUUCAACUUCAAUAUUUUAAAAGUUUCAAAUAAAUAAAAUCAUUUGAGUUGAACCUA